AUGAGACCUACGCAAAUCCUUCGAUCUGGUGGUGAUGGAGAGCUGGGGAAGUACGGAAAGUACAUGGGAACAUGGGGUAACAUGGGCUCCCAACCCCAGAAGGGCAUUGUUUCAUACGCCCUCAGCGGCAACCGACAACGGCCUCUUGCUGGCACACUCCACGCCGCCUUCUUCAACACCUGGAGAAGAUUCUCUGGCCAGGUCCUCUAUGUCCUCCCUCCAUUCAUCGUCGCCUAUGCUACCAUGAGCUGGGCCAUCGAGAGAAACCACUACUUGAACUCCAAAGCAGGCCGCCUCGAAUUCGCAGACGAAGAAUAGAGAGGAGUGUAGUUAUAUGUUCGAU